GGGAUAUUGUAGCUAGCACAGCACGCUUUGUUGCUUCCUGAGCUGAACGACCUAACGUUUUAUAGGGGCUCUGGUUGCGUGCGUGAUGGUCUAAUUCCGUUUCCUGUUUUGUGCUCAAGAGUGAAGGGAAUCUCUCUGGUUCUUUCAUCCCGUGUCUCUUUUUUCGCCUCUUCCAAAUCACCGUCUGUAAACCUCUAUAUAUCAAGUCCGUAGAAAGAAAAAGAGAGAGAGAGAGAGAGAGAGAGAACCCACUAAGCGUGCCAAAAAAAAAAAAAAAGCUUUUAAAGAGAAAAGCCAGAUAUCAAUCCCAUGCUAUUAUAGCUCCCUCAAGUCUCCAUCUUUGCUUUCGGGUUGUUAUUCUUAUUGGGUUUUCUUUCCCUUUGGUGGGGUUUCUGUUGAGCUCUUAAAAUAUUGUGCUUUACGUUUAAGUCUCGGGGUGUUGGUCUCAAACUUUCAAGGAUUUUCAUGGGUGUUUCUUAGUUUCCCUUUGUUUUCUUGCUUGGAACAUUUUCUCUCCGGAUUUUCGAUUCAGAGGCCAAAAGAACUGUUUUUUUUUUUUUCGAAGAUUCUAGGAUGUGGGUCUUCUUGGUUUUGAGUUCUGGUUAACCUCUUAGGUUGAAAUCUUCUUGCUUCUGAUUGACUAAGUAGUUGAGAAAAGGUGAUUUAGCGAUGGAGGGAUCUUCAAGAAAUGAGGUAUGUCCUCAGCUGUUGGAUUUGAUUCCCAAACAGGGAGAGUGGCUUAGGAACAGAGACGGAGAAAGAAGGCAUGGCCUUUCAGAGGAGAAAAAGUUGGAGCUUAGGCUUGCUCCACCUGGCGAGGACUGGUCUAUGAAAGAUAACACAAAGACAAACCAUAGAGACAGAGAUGAGUCUCUGCUCUCUCUUGCCUACUUCUCUCCCAUGGCUUCCAUGAACCAUAACACAAGCAUCAACAAUAACAGCAAUGGAAGCACUGUUUUCUCAUCUCCAUGGUCUUCUUCAGCUUAUCAGGGGAAGACCCAGCACAGUCAGCAGCAGACAAAAGCUCCAUUUCUUCAGUUCCCUUCAACCCCUCAGGAAGCAUCACAGCCUUGUUGCACUAAAGUGGUCGACUUGCAGAGUGCAGAGAAGAAAACAUUUUCACCAUCUUCUGCGAAGACAGCUGUUCCCAACAGUUCUCAGAAAAGGACUGCUCCAGCUCCAGUGGUGGGGUGGCCUCCAAUUCGUUCAUUCAGGAAGAAUCUUGCGAGCAGCAGCUCUUCAAAACCAGCUCCAGAGUCGCAAAAUGCGGCCCCAGACGAGACUGCUGCUAUAAAACCGGUUGAAAUUUGCGGCAAAGGCCUGUUCGUGAAGAUCAACAUGGAUGGAGUACCUAUUGGGAGAAAAGUGGAUCUCAAGGCAUAUGACACCUAUGAGAAACUCUCCUCUGCUGUUGAUGAACUCUUCAGGGGCCUGCUUGCAGCUCAAAGAGAUGCCUGUGCUGGUGGAGUCCACCAGAAGAAGCAAGAGGAAGAGAAAGCGAUUACAGGUUUAUUGGAUGGAAGUGGCGAGUAUACUCUCGUUUAUGAGGAUAAUGAAGGAGACAGGAUGCUGGUUGGGGAUGUCCCAUGGCACAUGUUUGUGUCUACUGUGAAGAGGCUGCGUGUGUUGAAGAGCUCUGAACUUUCUGCACUCAGCAUUUGCAGCAAGCAAGAGAAGGUGCAAUUUGACUCUGCAAUGAAGUGAGAUGUUUCUCCUGAUUUCUGUUUCCAUUUGACAUUUUGGUGCAUAUUUUUCUCGUUGGUGAUCAAGAAAAGAAAGAACCAAGUUUCAGCUCACAAGUCCCCAAGUGCCUGAUGUUUCAUGGAUGGUUUUUGUUUCUGUUGAGAGACUUCUUCCUCCUUUUGUUCGUCUUUUAUAUCCCUCUUUGGCUUUUGUAGAAAGUUAAAAACAGCCAGACAAAUGUUGUUCUGAUGAUAUGAUAUGCAGUGUUGAGUAACAAUUAAACUUGUGAUAUUUUUGGUUUGUAUUUACUUCUCUGGUUUAUACAAAAGUGGGACAAACGUCUUAAAUCA